AUGCCAGCCCCGCGCUGCGGACGUUUUCAAGCCUCUCUUGAAUCUUCGUCGGUCGGGCCAUAUUGGACUCGGAGUGGGAUAUUGGAGAAAUUGGAAAACUCGAGGGAAGCCACAGGAUGUCUGAUUCGAAAUGGAAAACAAGCCCAAGCUCAACAAGUGGCAUCCUCAUCGACGCUUUGCAAUCUCUCCAUCUCUGCUUGGCCGAUGCCAUUCUGCAGUAUCCCCAGAUCAGAAGAUGGGCAUCGAUUAACUAGACGAGGUCAUCGAACUUUUGAAUUGGGUGAUCUCCAGGAUCUCCCGUCGUUAAAGAACCAACUUGUCUCUUACUAG